AGGAUUUGUUUAAGAAUCCUGAUGCCCAUUUUUACACAGAAGAAAUCUUUGUCCAGCAAGAUGAGGUAUCAAUUGCUGCCAUACUGAAUGAGGUGGACCAAGAAUUUAAACUUGAUGUAACACUGGGAUCAUACCCAGACUUUCAUAACAGUUAUUACAAAGUUAAAUUGAUGCUGGAAUCCAGUAAACCAGAACAAAUACAUAAAGCUAUUGCUUCACUGAAAGAAAAAUUACCUGAAGGUAGCAUUGUAGACUAUGAUAGCCAGCCCAUCAAAAAUGCAACACGUAGAGUUUAUGAUGUGAUCGAGUCAAGUAACUCUGAUGACCAUUACAGGAACUGUGUUAAAGAGGCUGUGUCUGUAUUAGAGGAAUGUCUAGAAAAAUACAGUUUAGAUGAAAUAUGUAUUGGCUUCAAUGGAGGAAAAGAUUGCACAGUCUUACUUCACAUUUAUUAUGCAGUUGUGAAAAGAAAGUAUCCCGAUUUUCAAGGAAGGCUGAAAGCUUUGUAUAUCAAGAGCAGACUCCCAUUUCCUGAGGAAGAAAAAUUUACACAGUUAUCACGAGAUAAGUAUCGACUUGAGAUGUUGCACUUUGAGGGUCGUAUAAAAGACAGUCUCCAACAGUUGAAAGAUAAGCAUUCUGACAUCAAAGCUGUUAUAAUGGGCACCAGGAUUACAGACCCAUACUCAAGUCAUUUACAAGCCUUCAGUAUGACCGAUUCUGAUUGGCCACAGUUUAUGAGGGUGAAUCCUGUUUUAAACUGGUCUUAUAGACAUAUAUGGAAGUUUCUUAGAGACCUAAAUAUACCUUACUGUAGUUUAUAUGAUAGAGGAUAUACCUCUUUAGGUAGUAUGAACAACACACACCCCAAUCCACUGUUACAGUACAUUGAUGAUCAUGGAGUGUUGAGGUAUAAACCAGCCUACACCUUGUCAGAUCCUACAAAGGAGAGAGAUGGCAGGAACUGAUCCUAUUGUAGAGAAGGCUGGUGGCAACUAAUCCUACAAAGGAGAAAAGUGGUAGGAUGUGAUCCUACUAAGGAGAAAUAUAGUAGGAUCUGAUCCUACCUUGACAAAGGAUAGUAGGAACUGAUACUAAUGAGGAGAAAAAAAGGUAGGAUCUGAUUCUACCAUGGAAUAGGAUGGUAUAAUCUUAUCCUUCUAUAGAGAAGGAUGGUAGGAUAUGAUCCUACCAAAGAAAUUGACAGGAACUGAUUUUUAAUAUUUUCUACUUGAAAUUUGCAAAAGUGCUGGUUGUAAAUUUUAAAAGUUUAAAGCAGGGUACUGAUCAGUGUCUGUUAUUCUACUUUCAUAUCUUUAAACAUCACAGAAUGUGUAGACAUUUGCAUUCCAUUCAUUCAGGGACAGUGUGGUUUGUUACUAAGAAAUAGAAAAUCCACAUAUCAUCUUCUCAAAUGAAGAUACAUAACCUAUGUUUUAUGAUGUUUGAUUCAACUUUUACUAUAGAUUUUUUAUGGUGCUAAUUUCUUUUUGUUCAAAAUGUCAC